AUCUUCACAAGACCAUGCUGAAUGCUGCAUCCGCUCUGUUUAUCGCGUGAGAGGCCAACGUCAAAAGGGCAAUGCCGUGUGAAGAUGGUAUUGAACGACGUCUGAGCGAUCGGACUACCUGACAAUGGCCACUACCAUGCAGUCUCAGAUUCUGGCGUCUUACCGGCGGUGCCAAUUUUUGAAUCGCACCACACUCAUCUUAAUUCUUCUCGUCGCUAUAUGAGGGGCAGCUUCGGCUCUCAUCUGUUCCGUACCGUCGUCCAAUCCACUCGCACCAUGUCCUCGCCCGCUGUCGCUGCGUCUCGCGCUGUCCUCUCGACGAUUGACUUGUCCAAAUAUGACCCAGAGCAGUCAAGGUUAAUGGACGAGAGGUGCAUCCUGGUGGAUGAGCAGGACCGUCCUCUUGGUGCUGCAGACAAGAAGACUUGUCAUCUUAUGGAGAACAUCAACAAGGGUCUCCUCCAUCGUGCCUUCUCUGCUUUCGUGUUCCGGCCAGACGACGGGAAGCUUCUCCUGCAGCAGCGGGCCAGCGAGAAGAUCACGUUUCCUGACAUGUGGACGAACACCUGCUGCUCUCAUCCACUGGAUGACUUUGAGGAGGAGAAGAUUGAGAAGGAUCAGCUGGGAGUGAAGGUUGCCGCGUCACGGAAAUUGGAACAUGAGCUGGGCAUCCCUCAGGACCAAACUCCGAUCGACCAGUUCCAGUACCUGAUCCGCAUACACUAUCUGGCGCCGUCGAAUGGUACAUGGGGCGAGCACGAGGUGGACUAUAUUCUCUUCUUGACCGCCAAUGUCACCGUGAAGCCUAACUUGAACGAGAUUCGUGACCACAAGUACGUCAACAAGGCAGAACUGCAGGCAAUGUUUGAGGAUCCAGCAAACUCGUUCACGCCAUGGUUCAAACUCAUUGCCCGAGAUUUUCUCUUCGGAUGGUGGGAUGAAUUGUUGAACCGGCGGGGUGAGGAUGGCAAGUUGAACGCAACAAGUCUGGCUGGGCGCGUAGACGGCAGCAAGGUGGUCAAGAUGGUUUGAAUUAUUAGUACCGGAAUGUACUCGGAAUGGUAUCUAUUGGAUCCUAUACUCAUGUUCGAUGUAGGUACAAUCGCUCCUGACAUAACGAAUGUGCUACUACUUGUUUCUUGAUCUACUGUUGCACUAAUCGAAGGAUUUCUGCAGUAUAGCUAGGAUAAAAUAACCAUAGAGGGGACUCGCGAUUCUGUUUGAUACUUUUGGUCGAUAGGCUGGUACUGCGAAGCAAAGAUUGAUUUCAAGUCAGGAAGGGGGGCCGACGGUGGGAAGGCGGCAGGUGCUGGAAUUACCCACUCAUUAUCCUGUGGCAGCAAUUAAUACGAUGUGCAAGGCAAUGGCGAGCAUCGACCAGAAGAUGAGUGCUUGAGGAAGGCUGUAAGUUACAGCAGUUAAGACGAAGCCGCAGCUGUGGCUCUCAAUUGCACUCAAAUGUU